CCUCCGCGGAGGAGAGGCCCCCAAAGUGCGCCCCACCCCGCCCGCGGAGGCCCGGCGGAGACGCCCCUGGGCCCCCCGCGCGCCGCGAGCCGCCAGGCCCCCUCCGAGCCGCGCGGGACCAUGAGAACGCUGCUCGCGGACGGCGGGGCCCCGGGCCGAGGGGCCCUGGGCGAGGCGUCGCUGCUGAAGGGCUCGGGCGGGGCCGCCGGGCGCGGCGGCGCGGCGCCGGCGGGCUCCCGCGCGGGAGCGGGGCCGGGCGGGUUCCUCCGGAGCCAGAGCGGGCCCGCCGGGCUGCGCAGCGGCAGUGGCGCUGGAGAGUCCGGGCAGGCGUGCGCGGAGCUCGCCCAGGCCUCGCCGACGCGGGCGCAGGAUGAGCUGGGAAGGCGCCAGAGCCUCCCGACUCUCGAGGCGUCGGCCAAGAGCAGGCGGUCUCUCCCCGCCCUGACCCUGCUGCCCGCCAUCAAGAGGAGCACGGCCGCGCUCCAGAGGGGCCGCCUCGAGAGCGACGCCCAGAUCCUGCGGGACGUGCUGCUCGACCCCGUCAACCUGCUGCUCCUCGCCGGCCCCUUCGGGCUCGCGGGGGAGCACCGGGGGUGGCCCCGAGGCCCGACGUUCCUGCUCUGCUUCCUGGCGCUGGUGCCCCUCGCGAAGCUGCUGGGGGACGCCACGGAGCACCUGGCGGAGCGCCUCGGCCAGACCACGGGGGGGCUCCUCAACGCCACCUUCGGCAACGCCGUGGAGAGAGCCGCAGAGAGAGCGCCCGUGCACCGCCGCCACCGAGCCCAGCAUGGUGUUGGUGUAUGCGUGAGUCUUGCGCAGGAGAUGAUCAUCACUGUCAGCGCGAUCAAGGGCGGGCUUCUCGACGUCGUCAAGAACAGCCUCCUCGGGUCCGUCCUGUCGAACCUUCUCCUAGUCCUCGGCAUGGCGUUCUUCGCUGGUGGUUUGGCGAUGCCAGAGCAGAGAUUCCCGGGAGCCGCGGCGCUGAUCAACGUCACGAUGCUGCUGGUCGGGGUGAUGUCAUUCUCGCUGCCGACGGUCCCUCCCUCCACCCUCGUGCUUCCUGUCCGUAUCCGCCCACUCAUUCCUUCUCCUUCCCCCCUCCUUCUGCUCCAACUCUCGCUUUCGACGGUAUUCUCCUUCGGCAAGCCGGAGGGGGCUUCCCUGGAGGUAUCGCGCGUCAGCGCGAUAUUCGCAAGCGUGGGCUACGUCGCGUACCUGGUGUUCCAGCUGCGUACCCACGUGGAGAUGUUCGAGGACGACUCUGACGCUGAUUACGUGGUCAGCGCCGAGGCUCCGACCUUGUUGGAAUCUUCGCCCGAACUCGAGCUGCUGCCUUGCGGCGCGCCGGGCCACGACGCAGACCCAGAGGGUGUGCUGAGCGUGCCUUGGGCUUUGGGCCUACUGCUGGUCAGCACCGUGGCCGUAGCCGCGCUGUCCGAGAUCAUGGUCGAUUCCAUCGACGGCAUGGUCGAGGCGUGGCGCGUCCCGCGGUCGUUCGUCGGCGUCAUCUUGCUGCCGAUCGUGGGGAACGCAUGCGAGCACGCCUCGGCGGUGCGGAUGGCCUACAACUCCAAGAUGGGCACCGCCAUUGCCAUCGCCGUGGGGUCCAGCACGCAGAUCGCGAUGUUCGUGAUGCUCUUCUCGGUGCUGGCGGGCUGGGUGAUCGGGAGGCCCCUGGACCUGAAUCUUGGCGCAACGGGGCUGGCAGUCAUGAUCCUGUCAGUGUUGGUGGUCUUCUCGAUCGUGAUGGACGGCAAGUCGAAUUGGUUGGAGGGGUUCUUGCUGACGCUCGCCUACUGCCUCGUCGCCGUGCUCUACUGGCACGCCGACUGA